AUGCGAUGCGCGAGCAAGGCCGCCGAGAGCGCGUUCGCACGUCUCUGUGCGGACGCCGAAGCAGAAACCACAGCAACUGAUGUCUCAUCGGUUGCUGAAGCGACCCAGCCUGUGUCACUUGGUGAUGCAGGCGCUGGUCAUGAAGACACUCAUGUCUUCACAGAGUACGAGCUCGGUGUCUCGUAUUCUCCUGAUACGGAAGACGGUUCCUUAUCGACGGCGAUUGAAUCCAAGCCGCCUGCCAAGCGUGGCAUGGACGAUGCUUUGCGUCGCAGCAUCUUUGGUUCAUCUGAUUCAUCAGAUGAACCAUCGCCAAAGCGAAGGCGCUCGAGGUCGCGAGACUCGGGCGCUAACAGUGGUGUCGGUUCUCCUAUGGACACGACUUCACAGCGAGGUGCCAGUACUUCUGUCGGCACGUCGUAG